CACAAGCACAGCCUUCCUGUGUGACUGCAGCUGCCCGGAACGCAUCAUGGACCUGGGGAAACCCAGGAAAAACGUGCUGAUGGUGGCUCUCCUUGUCAUUUUCCAGGUGUGCUUCUGCCAAGAUGAGGUCACAGACGACUACAUCGGCGAGAACACCACAGUGGACUACACCCUGUAUGAGACGGUGUGCUUCAAGAAGGAUGUACGGAACUUCAAGGCCUGGUUCCUCCCUCUCGUGUACUCGGUCAUUUGCUUUGUGGGCCUGCUGGGCAAUGGGCUGGUGGUGUUGACGUACAUCUAUUUCAAGAGGCUCAAGACCAUGACGGAUACCUACCUGCUCAACCUGGCCAUGGCAGACAUCCUCUUCCUCCUGACCCUUCCCUUCUGGGCCUACAGCGAAGCCAAGUCCUGGAGCUUUGGUGUCUUCAUGUGUAAGGGCAUCUUUGGCAUCUAUAAGAUAAGCUUCUUCAGCGGCAUGCUGCUGCUCCUGUGCAUCAGCAUUGACCGAUACGUGGCCAUCGUCCAGGCCGUGUCAACCCACCGCCACCGUGCCCGAGUGCUUCUCAUCAGCAAGCUGUCCUGUGUGGGCAUCUGGAUGCUGGCCCUAUUGCUCUCCACCCCAGAGUUGCUCUACAGCGAUCUCCAGAAGAGGAACGGCGAGAACGCGUGGAGAUGCUCACUCGUGACUGGCCACGUGGAGGCCUUGAUCACCAUCCAAGUGUCCCAAAUGGUUAUCGGAUUUCUGGUGCCCCUGCUGGCCAUGAUGUUCUGCUACUUUGUCAUCAUCCGAACCCUGCUCCAGGCUCGAAACUUUGAGCGGAACAAGGCCAUCAAGGUGAUCAUAGCUGUGGUCGUGGUCUUCAUCGCCUUCCAGCUGCCCUACAACGGAGUGGUUCUGGCCCAGACGGUGGCCAAUUUCAACAUCACCAAUAGCAGCUGUGAAGUCAGCAAGCAGCUCAACAUUGCCUACGAUAUCACCUACAGCCUGGCCUCGGUCCGCUGCUGUGUCAACCCUUUCUUGUAUGCCUUCAUUGGCGUCAAGUUCCGCAGUGACCUCUUCAAGCUCUUCAAGGACUUGGGCUGCCUCAGCCAGGAGCAGCUCCGGCAGUGGUCUUCCUGCCGGCAUGUGCGGCACACCUCCAUGAGCACAGAGGCCGAGACCACCACCACCUUCUCCCCAUAGGGGGCUCCCCCACCCGGAUUUCAAGGACCUC